AAAACACAGUCCAGCAAUCUCUAGGUUUCACUCAUUCCUGCCCCGUCUCCGCUCCGGGAAGGAAGGAGAGGUGGGCGCCGCACAACUUGCUGAGCUGGGAAGCCCAAGGGACGGCAGGCGUGUCCACCAGAGACCUAGGCAGCUGGAGAAAGCAACUUGGGAGGUGGGGGGAUAACCCUGCCUGUGCCAAGAAGGGGGAGUGAGUAGCGGUGGUGGUGGGGAGCUCCUGUCCUCCCAAGGCAGAGGAGCGGGCAACUUUGGGCAGCGAGCUCUGGAAGUGGUGCCAUGCUAGCUGCAUGCCAGCGCUCGGCUGAGGGUGCCUAGGAAGGAAUUCGGGGAAGGGGAGAGGAAUUAAGAGACGGGGUCUUUGGAGCAAGGAGGGGGGUCUCUAGAGUCAGAGAAAGGUGGGGUACUUUUGGCACCGCGGUGUCCCAUGGAGCUGGCGAUGCUGGCGUGGGCACUGCUGUCCGUCCUGUCUCAGCGGGAUGGGGCAGACGGCGCCAACCUCACCCUCGCCGUCGUCCUGCCGCGCUACAACACCACCUAUCCCUGGGCCUGGCCGCGGGUCGGCCCGGCCAUCGAGCUGGCCAUCCAGAAGCUCAACGCCCAGCCGGAUCUCCUGCCGGGUUACACGGUGCAGCUGGUUUUCGGUAGCAGCGAGGCGAGCGAAGGUGUCUGCUCGGACUUCAUGGCGCCUUUGGCUGCUGUCGACUUAAAGAUGGCCUACGACCCCCAGGCCUUCGUGGGGCCCGGCUGCGUCUACACCGCGGCCCCCGUGGCCCGCUACACCCGGCACUGGGGCCUGCCCCUGGUGACGGCGGCGGCCGAGGCCGUGGGCUUCAGCCUGAAAGCGGACGAGUACGCCUUGGUGACCCGCACGGGAGCCAGCCACAACAAGCUGGGCGAGUUCGGGGUCAGCCUGAGCCGGCAUUUCAACUGGAGCAGCCAGGCGAUGUUGCUGUACUGGGAUAACAAUACGGGCGAGCGGCCCUGUUUCUUUGCCGUCGAGGGUCUCUACGUCCAGCUGCCCUCGGUGAACAACAUGACGAUUGAGGUCGUGCCUUUCAUGUCGCCGAACUACACCGACCUGAUCCGGGAUAUCAAGCAGAAAGCUCGGAUUGUCUACGUCUGCUGCGCGCCCGACAUCUUCCGCGCACUGAUGCUCCAGGCGCACCGCGAAGGGCUGACCGCCGGCGAAUACGCCUUCUUCUACAUCGAUCUCUUCGGCACCAGCCUCCGCAGCUCCCGCUUUCCCGACCGGACACGUCCUUGGCAACGCGGCGAUGGGAACGACGGCGCCGCGCGCGAGGCUUACCAGGCUGUCAUGCUCCUCACUUACGCCGAACCCCAAAAUCCGGAAUACCGCCAAUUUCUCCAGCACAUCAAGCGAACGUCCCAGGAGCAGUUCAACUUCACCGUGGAAGACGGAUUGGAAAAUUUCAUCGCGGGGGCUUUUCACGACGGCGUAAUGCUCUACGCCCACGCGGUAAACGAGACGUUGGCGCAGGGCGGCUCUCUCGCCAACGGCACAGCCGUCACGCUUCAGAUGCGUAACCGGACUUUCUACGGAAUCACGGGGCCCCUGCGGAUCGAUCCAAAUGGGGACCGGGAAAUGGAUCACUCCCUCUGGGAUUUGGAUCCGGCCAGCGGAGAGUUUGAGAUCGUGGCCAAUUACAACGGGACCACCAAAAAGAUUGAAAUGAUCCCUGGAAGGAAGAUCCAUUGGCCCGGCAAUACCAUCCCGAGGGACGUGCCCUUUUGCGGUUUUGAGAAUAGCAACCCGCUUUGCCAGAAAGCCUCUUUUUCCUUGCUGGAGAUCCUGUCACUCGUGAUGACGCUGCUUCUCUUCGGCAUCAUCGUCACUGCCUUCUUUGCCUACCGGAAAAUGAAGUUGGAAAAGGAGCUGGCUUCCGAAUUUUGGCGCAUCAGCUGGGAGGACGUGCAGUCGAGCAACCUGGAGAAAAACCUACGCAGCAUGGGGAGUAAAGUCACACUUUCGCUGAGAGGUUCAAAUUACGGAUCUUUGAUGACCACCGAAGGACAAUUCCAGGUUUAUGCCAAGACUGCUUAUUACAAAGGGAACCUUGUGGCCGUGAAGCACAUGAAUCAAAAGCGCAUUGACCUGACACGAGAUGUUUUAUUUGAGCUGAAACACAUGAGGGACGUCCAGAAUAAGCACCUGACUCGUUUCAUCGGAGCCUGCAUUGAUCCCCCGAAUAUCUGCGUACUGACGGAGUAUUGCACCCGAGGCAGCCUGCAGGACAUCCUGGAGAAUGACAGCAUCACCUUGGACUGGAUGUUCCGCUAUUCGCUCACCAACGACAUUGUCAAGGGGAUGCUUUUCCUGCACCACAGCGUGAUUGCCUACCACGGCAACCUGAAGUCCUCCAACUGCGUGGUCGACAGCCGUUUCGUGCUGAAGAUCACCGAUUACGGGCUGGAGAGCUUCCACCAGGCGCCCGAGAUGGAUGACUCACACGCCCUGUUUGCCAAGAAACUCUGGACGGCUCCCGAGCUCUUGCGGUUGGGCCCCAGCAACUGUCCGGGAACUCAAAAAGGAGACGUCUACAGCUUUGGCAUCAUUUUGCAAGAAAUUGCCCUGCGCAACAGCGUCUUCUAUGUGGAAGGGGUGGAUCUGAGUCCCAAAGAGAUUAUCAAGCGUGUCAUGAGCGGGGAACAGCCUCCCUUUCGCCCCUCGACGAAUCUGCCCUCCAAUUUGGAGGAGGUGGUCCAUCUGAUGCAGAGGUGCUGGGCUGAGGACCCGCAAGAGCGCCCCGAUUUUCAGCACAUCAAAGGAAUGCUGCGGAAGUUCAACAGGGAAAGCAGCUCUAACCUCUUGGAUACACUGCUGUCGCGGAUGGAGCAGUACGCCAACAAUUUGGAAGAGCUGGUGGAGGAACGGACCCAGGCCUACCUGGAGGAGAAGCGCAAAGCGGAGGCCCUCCUGUACCAGAUCUUACCCCACUCGGUGGCCGAGCAGCUGAAACGGGGGGAGACGGUGCAGGCCGAGGCCUUCGACAGCGUCACCAUCUACUUCAGCGACAUCGUGGGGUUCACCGCUCUGUCGGCCGAGAGUACGCCCAUGCAGGUGGUGGCUUUGCUGAAUGACUUAUACACCUGUUUCGAUGCAAUCAUUGAUAACUUUGAUGUCUACAAGGUGGAGACCAUCGGGGACGCCUACAUGGUGGUGUCCGGGUUACCGGUUCGCAACGGCCGACUGCACGCCCGCGAGAUUUCCCGCAUGUCCCUGGCGCUCCUGGAGGCCGUCCGCAACUUCAAAAUCCACCACCGCCCUGAGCAGCAACUGAAGUUGAGGAUCGGCAUCCAUAGUGGUCCAGUCUGCGCAGGAGUUGUGGGCUUGAAGAUGCCUCGUUACUGUCUCUUUGGAGACACGGUGAACACGGCUUCGCGCAUGGAAUCCAACGGUGAAGCUUUGAAGAUCCACUUAUCGUCGGCCACCAAAACGAUCCUCGAGGAGUUUGGAUGCUUCGAACUGGACCUCCGAGGAGACAUCGAGAUGAAGGGCAAGGGUAAACUCCGGACGUACUGGUUGACGGGCGAGCGGGUCAGCAGCACCCGUGGGUGAUGAGAAGAUGGAGAAGACCACUUAACUCCUGCUUCCUUCAAGGAGAUCCACCUCACCCGAGACUUUCUUCAAAGAACCUAUUGGCUUGGAGUUGAGGGCACCAUGGAUGGACCUCAGAGGACUAUCCUUGUUCCCCUGCCCCCCACUUCCUUUCGCUUCUUCAUCACCCUGCAAAUCUGGUCCCCAGGUCCAAAGGUUGGGUAGAUCAGGAGAUGAUCAAGAGACGACCAGGAAAGAGGCCUUCUCCUCUCCUUGUAUGAUGAGAAGUUCUGGAGAAGUUGACUAAAGCUCCAUCACUUUUACGGGCCACCUUCUCAUCUUUUCUAGGAAUGUUGGAUAAUUGGAACGUCUGUGGUCGACUCAGAGUCGUAAUUAAGGGAGGCCCGGACGCUACACAACUCUUGUGACAGUUAUCUGUGUGUACACACAGACACACACACCUGCAGGUUCCCGGAAUCUGCAGAUUUUACAAUAAACGGAAUGUAUAUAAGUCAA